CCCUUCUCGUUUGUUUGUCCCAUCACAGGUGAGGUUAUGGAAGACCCUGUUUCAACAGCUGAUGGCUACUGUUAUGAGCGACGAGCAAUCGAAGAAUGGUUGAAAAGAAGUAAUCUGAGUCCUUCGACGGGCCUUGAGCUUCAAAAUCAAAAUCUCAUUCCCAACCAUGCAAUAAGAACAAGCAUUCUCGAGUGGUUAGAA